AUGGUCAAGCUAGACGUGCGGAGAGACUACUACGCAGACUUGGGCCUCACGCCCAGUGCAGACGCCGAGGACAUCAAGAAGCAGUUCAGGAAAUUAGCUCUUAAAUAUCACCCGGACCGGAACCCGGGUAGGGAGGUGGAAUCGAAUGCAAAAUUCCAGGCGAUCCAGGCUGCUCACGAGAUCCUGAUCGAUCCUCAUCAGCGGUUGAGAUAUGAUACGGACCGAUUGCGAAACGGCUACUAUGGACCUUCCAAGCCUAGUCCUGCUCGAAAGGACCCUAGUGCGGGCUACUCUGCCGCGAGACCGAAUACAAAGGCGCCCUUCACUGAACGCCCCAAGUCGUUCCACCAUGGGCCUUCUACAGGUGCGCAGCGUUACGCUAGCUAUGCACGGGCUGCGCCGAAGCAGCCAUGGGAGAAGAUGCGCGAUGAAACGCAAACUCGGGCGGAUGCGUAUCGUGGAUUUCAAGAGAUGAAGGGGAAUGCUAUGCCUGGAUGGUCAUCGUUCGACCCUCGUGGACGCACAAGCCAACCCGGUGCUGUACCCAGGCCGACCGGCUCAACGAACGGCUCAUCCGCGAGACCAAAGUCCGCCUAUGAGCAUGUGUACACCGGCGCUAAACCCGCCGCCGCCGACUUCACGUCUCAUGCCCAGUCUACAAAGAAGAAGCAAGGAUUUGCUCCUAGAGCCGCAGGCGGUGACGAACCCAUGGCCGCCAACACGGCGGCGUAUAGAAACGCCUCCAGGGCCGAGCGUUUCGGCUUCGCCACGCCUCCAACUGCAAGGAAACCGACUGCUGAUGUCCAAGAAAAUGUGAGCACCCCCGAGUUCGAGAGGACGAGGAGUGCGUAUGCUACUACCGGAGGUGAGAAGACUUUCUUCUCCAGUUCUAUGCUUGGGCGCUCGGACAGUGCCCGGACCUCACCAAAGAACACCAAUUCACGCCCUCGGACGAAUCCACCGAGUCCGGAUCCCAAGCAGAGCGGGCGGCAUCGAAGCGCCAGCCCAAGUCUUAGGGCCGAUGGAACCCGGAACUAUGACUCCACGAGCUCUAGUGAACCCAGCAGCGAGGAUGAGGAUACAUUCAAGCCCAAGGCGGUGCCAAAGAGUAGGCUUCGGCAGCAGCAGAAGUUUUCCAACUUCCAUAAAACUAAUGGAUGGUUCUCUGGUGCUGCGCACGAUUCAGACUCUGCCAGCUCAGCGAGGAACAAUUCCGACUCCCCGAUAUUCUCUAAAAAGGCUGAUUUUUCCUUUGCAAAGGAUUUCCCUCAGAGUGGGACUUUCAAGAGCAGCAGCCACGAUGACUUACGAAAGUCUAGUCGCAGAACCCCGUUCGGCAACUCGCCGAGCGCAAACAAUCGAGGGCGAGCAUCGACACGAGAUAGCUCACAGGGGGCCACCGCAGGCAGUACUCCGAAGCGCGAACCGUCCAAUCCCGAACCCGCUCCGCAACCACAACCAUUCUCGGAGAAAACCUUCUUGGCGAAUGACUGGGCAGCGGCGUUCCAGUUCAAGAACAUGUCGGAUGCCCUACCGACUGCUGAUACAACUCAAAGGCAACCAAACUCUCAGCGGACUCGGAGUCCUCGAAAACCAACCAGGCAGGGGACCAGGACACGGCCUCCUCCACAGCAACCCAGCGUCGCAACAGAGGCCGAGGAGGCUGAAUCGACUGUCAAUGUUAGCGGUCCGGCACCUGAUGUUGACGGAGAGGCGAUGGAUCUUGAUGAUGAGUCGCCGGCCAAGACAGCUGGACCAGCAGCGGCGCCUCAGAAGCCAAACAGUGGCAAGGAGAAAAUACCACCGUCGGCGUCGAAAUCCUCUUCAAAACCAGGCAAGGACGCCAGCGGCUCGAAUCUCAAUUCCUUGAAUUUGAAGAACCUGGGUGGUGUAUUUCCCUUUACCUCCACAAAUAGCGGCGGCCUCGAUGAUCUCAAAGAUAUUUCAUCUACACUUCCAUUCGAGUCGCGGGCCAAGGCACCAAAGACAUCAAAGGGCGACAUACACCCUCGAGAAUUGGUCUGCCCUAAUCCGCCUAAGCGUCCAGAUCCCCCGGAGCCUAUCCCGAUGAGCGCUGGAUCCAAAGAGUUGGCGGUCCCGCGCACAGCAUUGGACCGAUACAUUGCCGAGAUGAACACCUACGUUCGCGAAUGGGGCGCCUUUGACGGCCGCAUGGUUGGCCACUUCCUCUCCCGCCACAAGAGCAACCAAACUGAGAUGGCACCCAAUUGGCUCGGCGGAAUUGGAGACUCGAUCCGUCUCGGCCUCGGCGAUGAAGACAUGGAAAAGAACUCGGACGAUGAAAGUGACGGUAAUCUUGCAGGUGCGGGUAUCCUUGGUUCCGCACCGCGGCGGGGCUUCACGUCGUAUAAGAACGCACUCAAGCAGGAUGAGAAGGUGAUGAAGCAUUGGGAGGUUGCGAGGGAGAGGCAUCUGGAUUGUAUGCUGAAGUUUGGGCAGAUGAGGGAGUGGGUGAGGAGCGGAGGGAAGAUACUAUAG